AUGGACUGCAUCCUCUUAAUAUCUGUCAAAGAUCUGGGUUCAAAACUAGACACUAAAAUGUGCUCUGGCCAGGAGGGCAUUCUGAAGACCGCAAAGGUGCUGGUGGAAGACACCAAGGUCCUGGUGCAGAACGCGGCCGGGAGCCAGGAGAAGCUAGCCCAGGCUGCCCAGUCCUCCGUGGCCACCAUCACCCGCCUCGCUGACGUCGUCAAGCUGGGUGCAGCCAGCCUGGGAGCCGAGGACCCUGAGACACAGGUAGUGCUGAUCAACGCAGUGAAAGAUGUGGCCAAAGCCCUGGGAGACCUCAUCAGUGCCACGAAGGCCGCGGCUGGCAAAGUCGGGGACGACCCUGCUGUGUGGCAGCUCAAGAACUCUGCCAAGGUGAUGGUGACCAAUGUGACAUCGUUGCUCAAGACCGUGAAAGCCGUGGAAGAUGAGGCUACCAAAGGCACACGGGCCCUGGAGGCAACCACAGAACACAUACGGCAGGAGCUGGCGGUCUUCUGUUCCCCAGAGCCACCUGCCAAGACCUCCACCCCAGAAGAUUUUAUUCGCAUGACCAAGGGUAUCACCAUGGCAACAGCCAAGGCUGUUGCCGCUGGCAACUCCUGUCGCCAGGAGGACGUCAUCGCCACGGCUAAUCUGAGCCGUCGCGCUAUCGCAGACAUGCUUCGGGCUUGCAAGGAAGCAGCUUACCACCCAGAAGUGGCCCCUGAUGUGCGGCUUCGGGCCCUGCACUACGGCCGGGAGUGUGCCAACGGCUACCUGGAGCUGCUGGACCACGUGCUGCUGACCCUGCAGAAGCCAAGCCCAGAACUGAAGCAGCAGCUGACGGGACACUCAAAGCGUGUGGCUGGUUCGGUCACCGAGCUCAUCCAGGCUGCUGAGGCCAUGAAGGGAACAGAAUGGGUGGACCCAGAGGACCCCACGGUCAUCGCUGAGAACGAGCUCCUGGGGGCUGCGGCCGCCAUUGAGGCUGCAGCCAAAAAGCUGGAGCAGCUGAAGCCUCGGGCCAAACCCAAGGAGGCGGAUGAGUCCCUAAAUUUUGAGGAGCAGAUCCUGGAAGCUGCCAAGUCCAUCGCGGCGGCCACCAGCGCCCUGGUAAAGGCGGCGUCAGCAGCCCAGAGGGAACUGGUGGCCCAGGGGAAGGUGGGCGCCAUUCCAGCCAAUGCACUGGAUGAUGGGCAGUGGUCCCAGGGCCUCAUUUCUGCUGCCCGGAUGGUGGCUGCGGCCACCAACAAUUUGUGUGAAGCCGCCAAUGCCGCCGUACAAGGCCACGCCAGCCAGGAGAAGCUCAUCUCAUCAGCCAAGCAGGUGGCCGCCUCCACAGCCCAGCUCCUUGUGGCCUGCAAGGUCAAGGCUGACCAGGACUCUGAGGCGAUGAAACGACUUCAGGCCGCCGGCAACGCGGUGAAGCGAGCCUCCGACAAUCUGGUGAAGGCGGCCCAGAAGGCCGCCGCCUUUGAAGACCAGGAGAACGAAACAGUGGUGGUGAAGGAGAAGAUGGUCGGGGGCAUCGCCCAGAUCAUCGCCGCACAGGAAGAAAUGCUUCGGAAGGAGCGAGAGCUGGAAGAGGCGCGGAAGAAGCUGGCCCAGAUCCGGCAACAGCAGUACAAGUUCCUGCCUUCGGAGCUUCGGGAUGAGCACUAGGGCAGCCGCCGCUAUUUAAUGCAGACCCGGCCCAGAGACUGUGCGGGGCCGCUACCAAAGCCUUCUGGGACUCGGCCCGCCCCGCCCCGCCCCACCCCACCCCAGCACUCCCCAGAGUGCCUGCCAAACCCCGGGCCUGGGCCUGCCGGGUCCCGCUGCACAUGCCCCCGUGCCCUCCCUGCCUCCAAGUGCCUUCGUGCCCUAGGGCCCCCUAAGUGCCUGCCCCUCCCUAGCGUAUUCACGCUCCAAGAGUAGUAGUAACGCUGCUGCGCCUCGGCCUGAACCUGCCGGGGCUCCCGCCCGCUCCACCCUGCCAGUCCCCACAGCCUUGGCUCUACUCCUCCUUUCCUGAUACUGUCUCUACCCCCACCCCCAGCUACCUGUGGGGGCCACGGGGUGGUCAGCCCCAAACAGGUCGUGCUCCCAAUAAAGGUCAUUCUGCCUGCGA